CCUGUAGUGAACACAGUGUGGACAGAGGCUGUGGUUUUUCUCUCUCACACAGACUGCACCACACUGGCCUCUGUUUCUCUGCAAACCGUCUUUGUGUUGUUUAUUUGUGAGUUGUUUUCAGAUUCUAGGAGGUGGUCCUGUCACGCUCUCAGAAAUGUACAUUAAACCACUUUGUGCCUCAACCCCCCAGUUCAUUAUUGACAUUUCUCUGAGGUUAACGCUGGCAUCAUCCAAUCCAUCCAUCAUCUGUGCUCGUACACUCGUAACAAGGACGUUCUCACAGACACAGUGAGUCAAUAGAGCUGAGCAGCAGUAGUUCAACUCUUGAGUUUGCAGCGGUGUGUGUUUGUGCAACAAUGAACUUCACAUGGACUUUAUUUGUUCUCUCAUGCUUCCUCUCGUACACAUAUUCUCACUUGACCAACACUGAGGUCCAACGAGGAGCAGAAGCUUCUCUCUGUUGCUCCGUUCCUCCUUUACUUUUUCCUGUUCACAUAUCGUGGUUCCACAUGAACGACGACACAACUCAGAUCUGCUCAAUGUUAGAUUCAAAAAGUAAAGUUACAUUCUACAGCGGUGCGCACAAAGAGAAAUACACAGUGACAUUAAAUAAUUCAACCACAUGUCUCACAAUCAAGAAAGUGGAUUAUUCUGACUCUGGAUUGUACUUCUGUGGUGAAAAAAUGACCAAUAAAUCUGUCAUCUUUACGGCGACAUUUUUAAAAAUUCAAGAAAACAACACCAAACUAUUCAACCCAGUCAUUAUUCCAGUCAUGUCUGGUGUAAUUGUUCUUCUCGUCUUGCUUGUUGGUGGCCUUAUUCUUAAAAUUCAUCAACUAUCAAAAGGGUACAUUCCCAAAAGAGAAGAAGAACAAGAAGAUAAUAAGAAUUUGGACUCCACUGAACUGACGUAUGCCAAAAUCUACUUCCAAACAAACAGGACUUCAGACAAAGAGCUACAACCCAAUGUGUUGUACGAAGCCACGAGAUAAACUCACCAUGAACAGCCACUUCUGUCUAAACAAUAAUACUGUUUUUUAUGUGUGUGUGUGUGUGUG